AUGGAUUUUGGCUUAUCAAUGAAUCCGAAUAUUGAUAUUGGACAAAUAGAAGGUGCAUUUAUGCAAGGAGUAGACAUGGUUACAAUGGAAGAAUUAAUAUGGGGUGAUGAGAAACACAAAUGGUUAGAACCUGGCUGUUUAUUCACUCAAGGACCAGGAACAUAUAAAAUACCGUCAUUUAACGAUGUACCAAUUGAUUUUCGUAUUUCUUUAUUUAAAAAUGCACCGAAUCCAUUUGCUAUUUUUUCAUCAAAAGGUGUGGGUGAACCAGCAAUAACUUUAUCAACCACUGUUUUGUUUGCUAUUAAAAAAGCAAUUGACUCAUAUCGACGUGAUAAUGGUUUAAAUGAAUUCUUUGUAUUGAAUAGUCCAGCAACAUGUGAAAAGAUAUGUAUGGCAUGUGUAGAUAAUUUUACAAAAGAAGCAGUCGGCGAAGAAAAAUAUGAACACUUUCAACCGAACGGAAGUUAUUAA